AUGGAGUGGAAGUUGCAAAAGAGAGUUUUAAGUUUUCAAUAUAUGCCACCUCUACACAAUGGCGUAUGCUUAACAGUAACAAUAUCUAGUAUAUUGUCCGAUUGGGGGAUUGAUAAAAAGUUGUUUACAAUAACGUUAGAUAAUGCUUCCAGUAAUGAUACUUUUGUCAAUCUCCUAAAAGGUCAAUUAUGCAAUGAAGGUGCACUUCGUAGUGAUGGAGAUUAUUUUCAUGUUCGAUGUUGUGCUCAUGUGUUGAAUUUAGUUGUUCAAGAUGGAUUGAAGGCUAUUGAUGAAGGCAUUGUCAAAGUGAGAGAAUCAAUUAAGUACGUGAAGGGUUCCCAAGUACGAAAAACUAACUUUAUGAAUGCUGUGAAGCAAGUCAAUUUGAUUCCAAAAAAAGGCUUGCGACAAGAUGUUCCCACUAGAUGGAAUGCUACAUUUCUUAUGAUCGAAAGUGCUAUUUUUUAUCGUCGUGCUUUUUCCCGAUUAGCACUAAUGGAUUCUAAUUAUUUGGAUUGUCCAAGUAAUGAGGAAUGGGGUAAAUUGGAAAAGAUUUUCAGAUUCUUGGAAGUAUUUUAUGAAGUUACAUGCAUUUUUUCUGGAAAUAAAUAUUGCACAUCAAACUUAUAUUUUCCUUCGGUUUUGACGGUUGAAAGAACUUUGAGAGAAGAAAUGAAAAGUUCGGAUAAGUUUAUGAAGAAUAUGGCUGGCCAAAUGUAUGGAAACUUCUCAAAAUAUUGGUCUGAGUAUAGUCCUAUUUUGGCGAUGGCUGCGGUGUUGGAUCCACGAUAUAAGAUGCAAUAUGUUGAGUUUACUUACAAAAAACUCUAUGGAAGUAAUUUUCAUGAGCAUAGUGAUCGUGUUCGGGAGAAGUUACAUGAUCUCUUUAGUGAAUAUGUUACUGGAUUGCCUUACAAAACAUCAACUAUAUCAACAAGUGAUUCAUGCAAGAGUGUCAACAAAAAGAAUGACACAAUGCUUAGCAAAAGCACAAGAGAAAUGCUACAGGAGUUCACAGUUUAUGAAACUAAGGAGUUCGCUUUGUCUCAAAAAUCACAAUUGGAGAUGUACCUAGAUGAGCCAAGAAGUGAUAUUACAGAAGAUAUAAAUGUUCUUUCAUUUUGGAAAGCUCAUCAAUAUCGUUAUCCGGAACUCGCUUCCAUGGCUCGGGAUAUUUUAAGCAUCCCUGUUUCCAUUGUAGCAUCCGAGUCAGCUUUUAGUAAUGGUGGUCGUGUUCUUGAUAAAUUUCGAAGUUCGUUGGCACAUAAAAAUGUUGAAGCUAUAAUUUGUGCAAAAGAUUGGUUGUUUGGGAUUUCAGGUGAUGAAGACUUGUGUUUACAAGAUCUUACAGAAGAUAUUAUGGAAUUGGAUAGCAAGGGAAGUGAUACACAUGAAGCGAUGGAAUGA